CGUUGACUUCAUGUCUCACCGAUUCCUGACUGUUUCUGUGGUGCAAGUGACAAGUGAAUUGAUUCGCGCCUGACCUUCCCAUCUUAGGCGUCGACCAUUGUCAACAUUUACCGUCUUCAACUCUCCGCCUUCAUAUUCCUCAUCUUUCUCUCUCCCCACCCCGUUCAACCAUGCUCUCCUCCCUUACGCCCUCCUACUGUUGUACUCUUCUAUCCCUUCGGCCAGAAUGAAAGAUACGACCACCUCAUAAUGGCGCAGCCGAGCCAAGGGUCUGAUUUCUUGUAUACUAUCAUGUCUCCCGAAGUUAUCUUUACGCUCCCCGCAAUCUCUGCCGUCAUUGGCGUGAUCAUCUUGGAUCAGACAUCCGGGAAGCACACCUGGCAUGUCGAGGAUAUUGAAAAUCUACCCCGUCCCUUUUCUUUCUUUGCUCCUAUUCUGUCCUACAUCCUUCCCACAUUCCGACUUCCCAUGAUCCAACAGGGUCCAUCCGAACCAGAUGCCGUACAAGUCGCCUCUCUUCUCGCCCAGCGUCUUACGGCAGACUUGGUGCCAGACAUCAUUGACAUGGCCGAGCUCUGGGUGGAUAUCCCCCUAGCCUCGAGCAAUUGCAAAAUGAGAGUCACCGAGAAUGAAGCUGGAAGAAUCUAUCUCCUCGCCGACAUCCCUUCAACGUUUCCUCCCCACGCUCUGCGCAGCCUGACCUUUCGAGUCACCUCGCGUGACCAAGGAUGGAGCGAGACGGCUUUUCACUACACGUACAAAGAAAGCUGGACCUGGUUUGAAGUCGCCAUUCUACCACCUGGCACAGAUGAAUCUCAAGGCCCUUUCACAGGCAGACACAUCAUCACCAACAUCAAUGCUGACUUCGAGUGGCACACCCACGAUGUCACCUGGAGGUACGAUGAUGAGAACGAAGAUAUCAGAGACAUUGUCAGAAGCUUGAAACCUGGCUACAAGGUUGCCAUCUGUGCUUGGGCUCGAUAUCGGAACUGGGUCAAUCGAGUGCAAAGUGCCCGUAUCGACUGCCAGGUGCAUGCUGUGAGGAGAAUGUGACUUCUGCUCUCAAAGCAGAGCAUCGUAACCGAAGAAUACGGUUCGAUUGCCGCACAAUCACACCGACAGACAAGGUUGACAGGAAGAGCAUUGCAGACCUGGUCUGCUUCAACUACCUUUACCACAAAACCCUACCUCUUAUCCCCUCAGUCUUUCGAGGCUGACUCGACAUCACCAAACAGUUGACGAAAAUGCAGAAUUAGAGUACCGGCAGGAGGGUUAUGAUGUGUGCGCUAGUCAGCGGUAAUAAUAUUGAAAAGGACGGGCGAAGAAGGAUUGAUGAGUGUAGCCGCAUCAGCAGCAACAGGUUUUAGAGCUUGUCGAGUUGGACGCAAUCGAAGUUAAUGAUGGUGUCUAUGAAAACCAGGGCUGGAAGACGAG